AUGUACACAAACCCCAGGAAAGUCAGAACCUUGAAAUUUCCGGGCCGAGUUCCCAUCAAAUUCGAUGCGGGUGAUCAAACUUUGCUUCUUGCGCAGAUGAAAGAACUGAAGCAGGUCCUCAAGGAACAUGGAGUCGACACCACUGGCUGUCGGGGUCUUGGCCUUCGGAUUCGCAAGGAUCGUUCGACUGGACUCGAGGCGAAGAAAAAUGCCAAGACCCCGUGGUGUGGCCAGAUUCUGGGCUCAUGCCUUGAGAAGCCGGAGUUCUUGCAGAAGGCCAUCGGGAUCCGACCAGACGGGGUGAUGAAGCUCUUAUGGUUCCCGGACGUGGCUCGUUCCUCCUUUUCCAGUGUUUUCAAGAACGAGGACAGAGCGAGGAAGAUAAGUGUUUCCUCCGUCAUCCCAAGCGUGCCAUCGUCGAGCAUGGAGAACUUAGGGGUACCCGAGGAGUUGGACCGCUUUCGAUCCACCAUGGCCUACACCUCCCUGACGUUCAUCGUGGCGCCCUUCUGUGCGCUGACCACGGUCUUGUCACUCUUCCAGGACCUGGAGGGGAUGGAGGCCAGUUUGACCUCCGGCGGGAGCAAUGCCAUCCCCUUGUUAGUGAUCUUGGUGCUCUGGUUCCGACAAGAUCGCCUUCCCUUUCAGUGGCGUUUGCGCAUCUGGCUCUUGCUGGCCUCUUGGUUCUUAGCGGUGCUUUUCAUUGAUCUGGUUCAAAGGGAUUGGCACCUCGAUCAGAACGUCUGGUUGAACCACAUGGUGUUCGUGAUGCUGAUCUCCGCUUCUUUGCAACUGCCGAAACUUCUCAUUUGGUGUAGUGCAUCGGUGCAUACGGCAGGCUUUCUGACCAUCACCAUCUUAGUGACCGAGGAGCAAGCGCCAAGUAUGGGACUUCAGAUCUUCCUCUUUGUGGUCCUGGCCAUGACCACGGAGUACGCCAGUGUGCUGACCACGGCCAGCACGGAUCGGGUCAAGGCGAAGCUCGACUACAAGGAGGCCAAGAUCAAAGCAGAACGCUAUGAGUAUGAAGCCAUAGUGGCCGACGUGACGGUGCGCGAGGAGGCGGCCCGUGCCGAGAUGUUGGAGGCCAAAGCGGAGGCCAUUGCCUCGGUUCAAGAAUCCUUGAUGUCCUUGCUGACCAGUGUCUGUGAUGCGGUGGUGCAGCUGGAUCACGAGAUGAAACUGGUGGAAGCGAAGGCUUUGAGCAUUUUGCUCUACCAAAGCACUUCACCCGAUCUUACAGGACAUGUCUUCACUGAUCUUCUGUCCAAGCAGGACCGGGACCUUUUUGAUGAGCUCCUGGCUCGAGUGUCACCCGAUGAGGGGAAAUCCUCCUUUGCUCGGAUCACGCUGCGGGGCUCCUAUGACGUGAAGAUUCCGGUGACGGCGUAUGUCUCGAGGCUUUCCAGGCCCAAUGGAGAGAACAUGUACUUCCUCGGCCUCUCGGAAGACCAGCUGGAAGAUUGGUCCUCACGUGGGCAAGGACCUGAACCAGACGCGCCCGACAUCGCCUCCACCUCCCUGAAUGAGAACUUACCCUUCAGCAGCUUGCUGCGCGAGGAACAGGCCCAAGCCAUGGUCUCCUUCUUAUGGACCUGGCCACUGGCGCCGAAGAAGGAGCGAUGCUGUGAACUCCAUGCGGCCUUGAAAGAAGCCGCCGAUGUGAUCAAGUUACUGGAAGAGAUGAAGUGUCAAGAGCCGCGUCGUUCCUUUACCUGGCAAUGCCCUGCCUGCAAACUAUUGGGCAUGGACUGUGAUCAGCGGCUUUACAACCACUCGAAGGGGGCCUGUGGGCGUUGCAUCAACUGGGAUGAGCUCUAUUGA